GUUCGGAUUGUAAACAAACAUCAAGGGACGGAGCAAACCCCGUGCAAUAAGAGAUGCUUAUUUUGCUGCUGUUUUCUGCCGUUUUCUUCGUCGAGACAGCCCAAAUUACCAAGGACAAGGAUGCGGCCGCCCUGAACCAAUCGGCCAGCUUCAACCCGCUCAGCCCGCUGGUAAAAUGUAGCUUCCUGCCGCUGGAAUUCCUGGACUGCGAGGAACCGAUCAACCUGAAAGGGAACCGCACCGCGCGGGAAGAGGGCGGCAUGGGGUGUGUAAAGUUUGGCGGCGUGUACUACGACGAGGUGGAGGUCACGAAGGUGAACUGCAUGGUGUUCGAAAACAUUGAAUGCUAUGGGCCGCGGGAGUUUAAGCGCGAUGGCUUUCCGUGCGUCAAGUACACGGACCACUACUUCGUCACGACGCUGCUGUACAGCAUUUUGCUCGGCUUUCUCGGCAUGGAUCGGUUCUGUCUCGGCCAGACGGGUACGGCCGUCGGAAAGCUGCUUACGCUCGGCGGCGUCGGCAUCUGGUGGAUCGUGGACAUAGUGCUGCUGAUCACGAACAAUCUGCUGCCGGAGGAUGGAAGCAACUGGAACACGAAGGUGUGAAACACCGGAUGCGGUUGUUUUGUCCCGCUGGCAGCCCCUUCUUGGGGUCGGAUGUACAACGCGAUCAGGGAUGGAAUCAGGGUGGUGGGUUUGGUGGCACAGAGGCAAAGAGCAAAAAGGCUGAUUGAAUCAUUUUGUAAGUUUGUUAUUUAAGUUUGUAAGGGUGUGAACAGGACGAUAAAAUAAAGAAUCUUAUAAACGAGUUAGCGCGCUGAUGUUCGUUGCGGUACCAACGAAAUAAAUAGAGAGUGCAACACAUUUCUUAGAACAAAAUAAGAAAACAUAGCGUGUUCUUAAAGAAAUUGUAAGGAAGUUAAAUCUGUGUUUGAUCGCAUCGUGUGUGCCGUGACUUCGUCUCUAGAAGCUUUCCCUCUAGCCGUGCUUCACUAAGUCUAACUAAACACCUAAGUUACAUCGUGGGGG